GCAAAAUUUCUAGAAAGCACAGAACAACAAAAAUGAACAGAUUUAGAGUACUUUGCUUUUCGGCAAUUUUGCUGACGGCUCUUAUAGUUGGUGACGCCGCUCACAUCAGAGAAAAGAGAACUCUCCACCACAAAAAGAAGCAUGGAUCGGUGAAUAUUUCCUCAGGUGGCAGUGGAUUGGGUCAAACUGAUGUCAACAUUAAUUCCCAAUUAGGCGGAAGUGGUGCUGUCAACGCCAAUCAGAAUACUGCAGCCUCGGCUGGUCUGGGUGUCAGCGGUGGAAUUUUCGGAUCUUCUGGCGGUCUCUUUGGUGCCGCAAAGGACAUUCUUGACGCCAACAAAAAUGCCAUACAAGGUGUCGUCGAUGCCAACAAAAAUCACCACGCAGACUUUAACGUCAAUCACGGUGUCAACGUACAACAUGGCAUCAAUUCAGGUGUUCAAGUACAGAAUAAAGAUGAUGCCUACUUGGGACAUGGAAUCAACUUGGGUUUCGGUGGUCUGACUUCCGGUCAAAGCGGAGCUAACAUCGACAUCCAAAAGGGCGCCGGUAGUUCUUUCCAUGGACAAACCGGUGGUAACGUACAAAAAGGUGCCGGAAGUUCUUUUAAUGGACAAAGUGGUCUGAAUGUGAACAUCCAAAAAGGCGUUGGCAGUUCUUCCAGUGGCCAAACCGGUGGAAGUGUUAAUGUACAAAAAGGAGUUGGCAGUGGUGCAAAUGUCAACGUACAAAAAGGUGUUGGCAGUUCCGUAAAUGUUGAUCACAACAUUGGAGCUAAGGGACAAGUUAGCAUUGAUGCAGGCGCUGCGAUUGGAGGAAUAGCAAAUGGAAUAUUCGGAAUUGCUAAUGGAAUUCUCGACGCUAAGAAGGAUUUGAUUAACAAACUUGCAGAUGCCACCAAGGGACAUGCUGGAGUUCAUGUUGGAAUUAACGUCGAACAUGGAAGCUCAGCCGGAGUUCAGAGUGGAGCCAAUGUAGGACAUGGAACAAGUGGAGGAGUUCAAGUACAACACGGUCAGAAUGUACAAACUGGAAGUGGAUUGAACUUUGGAUUCGGAGGUAAACAACAACAUGGUGCUCAAGUUGGAACCAAUGUAGAACAUGGAGCAGGUACUGGAGUUCAAGUACAACACGGUCAAAAUGUACAAACCGGAAGUGGAUUCAACUUUGGCUUCGGAGGCAAACAACAACAUGGUGGUCAAGUUGGAGCUAAUGUACAACAUGGAACAGGUGCUGGAGUCCAAGUUGGACAAGGAAGUCAAAGUGAUUUUAAAUUUGGAUUAGGAGGCAAUCAACAGUCAGGUGGUCAACAGGGCUCUGGUUUUAAAUUAGGAUUCGGAGGUAAAUAUGAAGGAGGAAUUAAUCAUGGUUCUAGUUUUGGAUUUGGUGGCAACCAACAUCAAGGUUCUCAAGGUGGUGUUCAAGCUGGAGGAGAACAUGGAUCUUCAUUCGGACUAGGAUUAGGAAGUAAUCAUCAAGUGAACUCUCAAGUAGGAGCCGGCUCUCAAGGUCAGGUGCAAACUGGAUCCGGCAGUGGAUUCCAGUUUGGAUUCGGUGGCAAUCAACAGGGAGGUGGUCAACAUGAAUCUAAUGGUGGAUUUCAAUUUGGAUUUGGAAAGAAACACACCGUUGGUUCUAAUCAAGCUGGUGCCUCUAAAGAAGGUGGAUUCCAAUUAGGACUAGGAUUUUAAUUUUCAAUGCUUUCUGAAUUUGUAGAAUUUUUUUAUUUUUGCAAAAAAUGAAUGUACUUGUAAAAAUGUUGAUGCUGAAUGUUUUCUACUUUUUAUUUUUAGUAAUGUAAAAUUAUGAUCGAAGGAAUAAAAUAAAUAUUUCUACAUAUA